GGUUAUGGAUACGGAUAGUGACUCAGAUUUGGAGGAUUCUUUUGAGGAAACGCAUAUACCUGACCAAGACAUCCAGGGCGUAGUUUUGGUUCAACUGCAUUGAUUGAUUCUGUGAAGCAUUUUCCAGUGAAUAUUCCAGUAAGCAGAAGUACUCUGAAAAACUUCAACUUGAAGAUUGAGAUGAUUAUGUACAAAGCCAACAAAGACAAAACGAUAAGCAUAGAAAAACGACAAAUGGGUGUCAUGUUGUUUCAUCUUAAGGACAUAAUGAGCAAAAGAAUCAUUACUGGUGUCCACGAGUUCAGUAAAGACAUGACUUCCAUGGCUAAACUGGAAGUAAAAAUUUGUUUCUCAUCUGGCAUGUUUGGUUUUGGUUAUUCUCGUCGCAUCAACUUUGAAGCUGAUUCACAAAACGAUGAAUUCCCCGCAAAUAUAGAAGAUGAACUUCUCAUGUCCCUGUUUCCCAGAUACAAACCCCCUCCGGAUCGUGUAGAUGAAAGUAGGGGAGGGAUACUGUCUGUUAAAGAGGUCCCAAUACCUGAUAUCUUGCCCAUGUUCCAUGAUCCUGAUGAUCCUGUUGGUGACAAGUUCUUGUAUGAGUCUAGGUGGACAAACCAUCCUUGUUCUUCUCUGAUGAAAGACUGCGCUCGGCUCAGGCGACUGCGAUUAGUUUUGCUUUCCUGUGACUCUCAUCAUUUGAGGAAGAUUUUUCUUGAAAAGCUAAUCCUCAACAAUGAGGAAAUGACAUUUGCUGAAAUAACAGGAUAUAAAGAUCAGAAAGAGGAGGAUACGGAUAAUCUUAACAUUCUGAUGAAGCAAGCCGAGAAGGUUAGCAGUAUGACAGAGCCGGGUUUUGUCAGGAGAAUGUCUAGUGCAGUGAAUCCACAAGAUCUUCAGAAUGUGCUGAAAGAAGUGAAUACAAAAAUGCAGGCUACUUUGUUUUCUGGAAUGAAUCAGAUGGAUGAAUCAGAUGAAUCGGAUGCAUCAGAGGAGGAUAUAGAGCAUAGGAUUAGAUCUGCCGACGACAAUUCUCGUCGACCUGCAGAAUCUGGAAUUGCAAUUAAAUCUGCACUCGAUACGAGAAGUAAAUGGGAAAAAGUCAAAAGAUUCACAUUUCAGAAUAAGAUUGUUCCCGAAUCUGAUUACUCAGAUGAAAAGUGAUAAAAAUUAAAGGGAACAAUAGAAUUUUGAUUUCUAAUAUUUUAUGCGCUUGCUUCUAUCAACUUAUACUAAAAUUAACAUUA